AUGACGGGCGAGCUGAUAUUGGUCACCGGCGGAACCGGUAUGAUCGGGUUUCGCGUCCUGGAAACAGCGCUUGAGGCCGGGUAUCGAGUCAGAGCAGCUGUCCGACGCGCCGGUGCCAUUCAACAAUUGAAAAGCAUUCCAAGCCUGGAACCGUACCUCGGCGCGCUUGAGUUUGCCAUUGUGCCCGAUAUCUCGCUCGACGGUGCAUACGACGAAGCCAUUGAAGACGCGUCAUACGUCUACCAUCUUGCAUCUCCACUCGCAGUACCAGCCAACGAUUAUGAAGCGAGCUUCUUCGGGCCCGCCGUGAAGGGCACGAUCAACGUCCUGGAAGCUGCAAAGAAACAAAGCUCUGUGAAACGAGUUAUCAUUGCCAGCUCCGUUGCCAUCCUCAAGGCAAUGCACGGAGAUCCUGCGGUAUCCAUCAAAGAUGUCGUCGCAGAUUCUGACGGGCCAUUCCCACACUUCUUCGUGGCAUAUCAAUUCUCCAAGGUCAAGGCGUGGUACGCCACCAAGGAGUGGCUGGCGAAGAACGACCACAAAUUCGAGGUGUCACAGAUCUAUCCCAGCUAUGUCCUCGGCAGAAAUCCUCUCGUGAACGACAUCGAGAAGCUCGAAACUGAAGGCAGCUCACAGUUCCUGAUUCAGUUCAUCCAAGGUGGGAAAGUACCUGCGCCCGUUGAUGGGUCGACGGUGCACUUGGACGACGUUGCGACUUUGUUUCUCAAGGCCAUCGAUCCUUCGAUACCAGGUGGCCAGAACUGGAUUGCAAACUCUCAAGAUCCCAAUGGUGACUUUGAAUGGGACCAGGCGAGAGAAAUCAUCAAAGACCGCUUUCCAGAGGCUGUUUCUAAUGGUGUCCUCUCUGUGAACGGUGUCUUUCCCACUGCAAAAGGGAGAGGCCGACUUGACAACAGCGGCCCGCUGCAGAGUAUCCCUGGAUUCUUCUGGAAGAGCUACGAAGAUCAAGUCGUGACAGUGGCCGAACAGGUGAUUGAUGUCAAGGGGAAACCGAGCAACUCAUCAUAA